AUGGACCUGGUAGUCGGCCAGCGAGCGGCAUGCAGGCGCCCUGGGGGGUCAUCAACGUGGAGCCGGGCUGGUACGUCUCUUCCCAUCAGCCCGAAGAGGCAGGGGAGGAGGCGGAAGAGUUGAGCCCGUUGCUAAGCAACGAACUUCACAGACCAGGAUCCGUCGGUGUUUCAUAUGGUUUUUCAGUGUUGAAUUUGGUGAAUGCCAUCAUGGGAAGUGGCAUCCUUGGUUUAGCUUAUGUUAUGGCUCAUACUGGUAUCCUUGGAUUUAGUUUCAUGCUGCUGAUAGUUGCUCUCCUGGCUUCUUUCUCAGUUCACCUCCUGCUUAGUAUGUGUACUCAGACAGCUGUGACAUCUUACGAAGAUCUUGGACUCUUUGCUUUUGGAUUACCUGGGAAGGUGGUGGUGGCAGGCACCAUAAUCAUUCAGAAUGUUGGAGCUAUGUCAUCUUAUCUUUUAAUUAUUAAAACAGAGCUUCCUACUGCUAUUUCAGAAUUUUUGCCUGGAGACUAUAGUGGGUCUUGGUAUCUUGAUGGAAAAACAUUGCUGAUAAUCAUUUGUGUUGUCAUUGUGUUCCCUCUUGCCCUUCUCCCUAAAAUAGGCUUUCUUGGCUACACAAGUAGUUUAUCAUUUUUCUUUAUGGUGUUCUUUGCUCUUGUGAUAGUAAUUAAAAAAUGGUCCAUUCCUUGUCCUCUGACAUUAAAUUGUAUGGAGCAAUACUUUCAGAUUUCAAAUGCUACAGAUGAUUGUAAACCAAAGCUCUUUCAUUUCUCCAAAGAGAGUGUUUAUGCCUUACCAACCACGGCGUUUUUGUUUCUCUGCCAUACCUUGAUAUUGCCCAUAUACUGUGAGCUUCAAAGGUACCACAGAAUCCUGGAAUAUUUGAAAUGUACUAACCCGUCAAAGAAAAGAAUGCAGAAUGUAACCAAUACAGCAAUUGCUUUAAGUUUUCUCAUUUAUUUUAUAUUGGCACUCUUUGGGUACCUCACUUUUUAUGACAAAGUGGCAUCCGAUGUACUCCAAGAUUACGGUAAAUACUUGCCACAUGAUGGUGUUGUCAGGACUGUGAGGUUAUGCUUUCUGUGUGCUGUGAUUCUGACAGUCCCUCUAAUCCACUUCCCUGCAAGGAAAGCUUUAAUGAUGAUGUUUUUCUCCAAUUUUUCCUUCUCAUGGAUUCAUCAUUUUUUGAUUACUCUAGCACUCAAUAUUAUCAUUGUUUUAUGUGCCGUAUAUGUUCCUGAUAUUAGGAAUGUAUUUGGUGUAAUUGGUUCCAGUACAUCGACAUGUUUGACUUUUGUAUUCCCUGGACUGUUUUAUCUUAAACUUAGCAGAGAGGAUUUUCUGUCAUGGAAAAAACUUGGGGCUUUUGUUUUGCUCAUCCUUGGAGUUUUGGUUGGGAAUUUUAGUUUAGCAGUCAUCGUUUUUAAUUGGAUUAAUAAUAAAUGAAAGAGCCCUGGCUGGUGUGGCUCAGUGGAUUGUGUGCUGGCCUGUGAACUGAAGGGUCGCUGGUUCGAUUCCUAG